CAUCCUUCUGGGUGCAGGCGGCAGGGGCCAGGGCAGGAAAUGGCAACUUCGCAGCAUGAGACAAGGCUUUCCCAGGGCGGUCAUUGGCUCUCUGGGCCUAUAAAGCGGGCUCAUCCAGAAACAGCCGCAGAGCGUCCUGUCCUGGAGAUAGGCCGGACGGGCAUGGAGCGGCCGGCGAGCCCCGAGGCACUGCGGCGCUUCCAGGAGCUGCUCCUGGACCGUCGUGGCCAGCUGCAUCACCAGGUCCUGCGCCUGCGCGAGGUGGCCCGGCGCCUGGAGCGCCUGCGCAGACGCUCCCUGCUGGCCAACGUGGCGGGCAGCAGCCUGAGCGUGGCGGGCUCGGUGGCGGCCAUCGUGGGCCUGUCGCUCAGCCCCGUGACCCUGGGCGCCUCCCUGAUGGCCUCGGCCGUGGGGCUGGGGGUGGCCACGGCCGGAGGCGCCGUCACCAUCACGUCCGACCUCUCGCUGGUCUUCUGCAACGCGCGGGAGCUGCGGCGGGUGCAGGAGAUCGCGGCCAGCUGCCAGGGCCAGAUGCGGGAGCUGCUGAGCUGCCUCGAGUUCUUCUGCCGCUGGCAGGGCCGCGGGGACCGCGGGCUGCUGCUGUGCGGGAGGAACGCCGCCGUGGCCCUGUACAACUGCGUCUACUUCAUCGUCUUCUGCGGCUCACGUGGCUUCCUCAUUCCCCGGCGGGCCGAGGGGGCCACCAAGGUCAGCCAGGCCGUGCUCAAGGCCAAGAUCCAGAAACUGGCCGAGAGCCUGGAGGCGUGCACCGGGCCGCUGGACGAGCUCAGCGUGCAGCUGGAGGCCCGAGUCCAGCUCUGCACCAAGGCCGGUGGCCGCGGGCCCCAGGGCGCCGCCGAGCCGCCCGCGGGGCUGCUUUUCUGAGCCCCGCAGCCCUUUUCCGCUCCGGACAGAGGCCGGAAACCGACCCGUUUGGGAUGCUCCCUCGGGAAAACGGCCUAAUUGGGGUAGAAGCUCCGAGCAGAUGAUGAGACACUCGCCCUGGCCGCCCCGCGACCCCAGCCCCGACCUCUGCCGGGGCCACUCACCUCCCGUAUCCAAUGGGACGUGUGGCCUGAAAAUAAUACCCUCCCGCCUUGUCAAAAGCGUUCCUGGGCACUGCUGCUUAACAGUCGUUGGGGACCUCGCCCGCGUCACUGUGGUUUCGGCCCACCCUGGAGGAAGGGGUGCAGAGGCACGCUCAGGCCCCGGAGACUGAGGUCCCUAAUUUUGAAGCCCCUGUUCAGAGUAUCUCACUGCAAGGAACUCCUCCUUCCCCAGCAAAUUGGGGUGCCUGAGAGGUGGGCAGGAGGGUCAGGGUCUAGGAAAGUUGCCCCUGGCCCCCAGAACACACCUCCCAGCUUGCCUGUGAACAGUCCCAGCCUGGUGUGGAGGCCACUCCAACGUCCACCCCAUCUGGGGGGGGUGUUCUCCUGUCCAGAUCUUAAGGCACCCAGUGAGUGGUCAUCAGAGGCCAGUAAGGCAGGAGAAACCGAAGCUUCGAGUUUGCUGACCUCAGAGAAGCGACCUCCAGGGCUCUGGCUGUGGGCAGUUCCGGUUUACGACAGGGGCCAGUUGGCUUCAGGGUCUGCAAAUCAGGGACGUCCACAACUCCCCUGUUGGGAGGCACGGAGGGAGGGAAGCCCCCGGCAGGGUGACACGGCCACAGAGGGUGGCUCUGGCCCGAGCAGCAUCAGUGGCACGGGGGUAAUAACUCCCCACUGUGGCAUGCAGACCCCGGGGGUUUGGAAACUGCUGCUUGCAGAGGGUGCUGCUGAUGGAAGUGAUUUGUAUGAAGUUUCACGACCUCUUCAGGGGCUCCGCGGUCUUCAGAGUCUCUCACAGGUGCUCAAAGGGACAGACUCAGAGGAAAGGGCAGCCGCAAUCUGCAGGGGCCGAUUUCCCCCUGCGGUCUUAGAGCGUUGUGACGCGCUUCGCCCUCCAGAGGGCGGUGUUGCCCACUCAUUGGGAGCAGCUGGUACCGUACCGAAUGUGAACUGCGUGGAAAUUCGCCUUUAUUGCCGUCUCUGAAAACAGCGGUUGUUAUUUUUUUAAUUUAUUUUUUAAAGUUUUAAAAAUGUAAUGUUAAUUAUUUGUAUUUAAUUUUAUUUAAUCGCUUUAAGAAAAUAAUGAACACGAGUGUCUGAACAGGACUGAUCACCGUGGCUUUCCUGAAGAGGAAGUGGCAUUUUCGUGCUAAG